AUGGAAGCCCGUAGCCUCAUACGUCCCCUGAGAACGGACAUCACUAUCGAGUUCGUGUACGAUCGCAGUGAAGAGGCCUAUGGGGCUUUCGUUGCCCAUGCUCUUAUGCUGGAGGAGGAAUAUAGGAACACUCGAAGUGUGGAGAAAAAGGGGAAGAAGUCGGUCGAAACGACCACACCUGCUGAUUCCCACGUACUGCAGUCCCGGGCUGAGGGGUACAAGGCUCUUACUGAUCCCUGGUGGUUUGAGGUUGGUCUCCUCACUUGA